AUGGCCGAGCAGCGCCCGCCGCGGCCCCCCUACUUCCCCCACUUCCACGACCGCGCCGAGCCCGUCCCGCCCUCGGCCGAGGGCCGCGUCGUGUGGACGCCCUUCUCCGCCUUCUGCUGGCCGCGGCCGCCGCCGCCGGCUGCCGCCGUGGUGCCGCGCUGGGCUGCGGGGCUGGCGCCCAUCGCCUACGAGCCGCUGCACUUCUUCUGCCCGGCGGCGGCGGAGGAGAGCGGGGGCGCGGGGCGGCGGCCCGGGGAGCAGCCGCAGCUGGAGGGCGAGAUCUGCGAGCUGGGCAUCCGCCUGAAGGAGCUGGAGCUGAUGGCGCUCAUCGGCGACGGCUUCGACGCCCAGCAGUAUAAACUUCUGAAGGCACUGAAAGAACAAAAGAUACAAAGCAUGAAAGCAAGGCAGAAGCUGAAGAAAUAGCCACCAACAUGAUGAGGAUUAUUUCAGCUGGAUGCUCUGUCACUAUAUCACUACAGAGUAUUUUAGUGGAUCUCCAGUAUUAUUUUUCUACUUAUUAUAUGCUAGUCCAAACAAUUAUACAAUGCAGUAUAUUUUCUUAUUGUAUUUUUUGCAUAUUCUUUUUAUGGUACUACUAGGUAUUUUAACAUUUUUUUCUCCAGUUACUACAGAAAACCAGCAUGGAUUAUAUUCUCUUCAAAAACACCAAAAAAUUAACACUGUUGAUGUCAGGAUUCCUAGCAGUCCAUUGAUGAUGUUCAAGCUACAUGUAGCAGGGAAACACAGUGAUUCCAAUAAAAAAAUACAGGGAGUUCUUUGUUUUAAUUCUAAGUAUGUUAAGCAAGUAUAAGUGA